AUGUCCACCACAUCAAACAAUUUGACACAGUUCAAAGCUGAAAGCCCCGAAGCCAUCAUGAAUAGCUUUGAUACAAAAGGAUCUCAAAAGAGAAGUAAACGAUCAAAAAAAAUUGCAUGCACUGAGUGUAGGCAACAAAAAGCUAAAUGUGAUGCUUCAGAGAGACAACCACAUCCUUGCUCUAGAUGUGAAAAACGCAAAAUACCUUGUAAGUUGGAUUCUGAGUUUAAGAGAACCUUUAAAAGAGCCAAGAUAGAUGAACUGGUAAAGGAAUACGAAAUUAUCAAGUCUAAAUUAAACUCAAACAUGUUAAAUGAUACCAAACAGAUACCUGUACAAAUUCAGCAACAACCUCCACCACUACAACAACAACAACAACCACAACCACAACCACAAGCUCAAACACAGCAAUCAUUCUUACCUCCAAUCCAGUAUGUUUCAAACUCACGAGCAAACAUUUCAGGUGGGAGCUCUUACCCAAUCCAAGCGAGUCCAAGCAAUGGUUCACCGUUAAAUGAUACUGCUGGUUAUGGCUCUGCUGUUCCAAGUAAUUCUUAUAACAAUCAUGCUACGCAUGUGUCAAGUUCCGGAAUCCCUGGAUCAAUCAAUCGACAAAUGGGACCCAAUAUUUCCGGCAGUGGUAAUGUGAAACCUGCAACCCCGUUAUCUACUCUGAAUAGACAGUUUUCUCCAUUCAGUAUGAGACCAAUUUCACCGUUAGGACAGGAUAUGUCUCUUAUAAGUGGUAUGCAAUUAUCUUCUAGUUAUAACCAGCCAAUAAAAUCUCCGGUUAUAGUCGCCACACCUGGGAUACAGUACUCUACAAACAUUUCCAGUCCUAAUAUUACGAAUAAGAUAAACAGUUCAUUAAAUUUGUCUACCCUGAUAUCCGCAGCAAAUGCGUCAGAUAAUCUCAGCAAGGGGUUCACCAAUGGAUCCGCCAUUACAGCAUCCAACAACGUAAACAAACAAGCCGCCACUGUUUCACAAUUAGAACCGGGAAAAUUAUCAAACUUGAGGGUGUGCCGCCCUGUUAGAAAGCCAAAGAUUGAUCAAUCUUUGUUGAGUUGUACUCCAAAAUCACUGGGUGAAGUGACAUUGAAUGAAGACCAGAUUGUGGUUCUGUACAGCACAUUCCUAACUCAUUAUCAUCCAUUGUUACCAGUGAUCGAUAUGGAAAAAAGUAUCGAAAAAAUAUACAAGUUAUGCCCUAUUUUGUUUUGGACGAUGAUGUUCACCGCCUUGAGAGGCCACCAUUCGUUAGAACCAGCCAUCAGCCCAGAAGAAUGCAAGGAACUUUAUUUUACCUUAUCACCUGUUAUUAAAUCUGUCUUGGCAGAAAUCACAAUCUCUCCAAUCACCCGGUAUGCUCCAUCUGAGGCUGAUGAGUCGAUUUUGAACGCAUCAAGCGUUUACUCGGUGCAAGCCUUUUUGAUCUAUACCUUUUGGCCCCCCUUAACUUCUUCUCUAAGUGCUGAUUCCAGUUGGAAUAGUAUUGGUAUUGCAUUUUACCAAGCUAUUAGGCUUGGAUUGCAUACGCCGGGAUUAACCUCGGAUAGAAGUAAGUCUAGCGAUUUGUUGAAUGAAAAUAUUCGAACAUGGAUUGCAUGCAAUGUUGUCUCUCAAACCAUUGCGUCUGUUUUCGGAUAUCCUAGUUUUUUCCAGCCAUAUGGUUCGUUAACUUUGGCAUUGUCAAAGGAGGGAAAUGAUGUACCUCAUUGCUUAAGACAAAUGCUUGAAAUUCAAACUUUUGAGGAGCAAAUUGAAAAAACCUUGAACAGUAACUCUUUUGACUCCUUGAGAUUAAACCACACAUCCGAGCAGCUACCAAUGAUCCAUUUAUUAGAGAAUGAACUAAACCAACUUGAGUUAAAAUUAUGUUCCGUUCCGGAUUCUCCUAUGGAUGAUUUCAGAAUGUUGUCGUUGUAUGCUGCAAGAUUGCAUCUACUGUGUUAUUAUUUCUUGGAUAAUGAUCAAUCGAAUACAUUUGAGUACAAAAGAGGGGUAAUUAAAGCUUAUAAUGCAGCAUUAGCUAUUAUUCAACAUUGUAAAAUGUCUAACGAGAGGGAGGAUUCUUUUAUCAAGAACUUACCAAGCUCCUAUAUUUUGACACUGUGGCAGGCGUCCGUUGUCAUUUCACGUUUAGUCAACUCCUCUUAUAAAUCACUGAUUGAUGUUGAAGCUGGAAAGUUAUUAUAUCAGAAUGCGAUCUCUUUGGCUCUGAAGGCUUCUGUCGUAAAACACGAUUUAGCCUAUAGAUCAUGCGGAAUAAUGAAGGCCACUUGGAAUUUAUUCAGAACUCUAGAUAUGAACUCGUCAGGUCCUGUUAAAGUCACUGUCCGUUCAAGGAUGUCUGCCAAUAUAUUUUUUGAUACUUUAUGGAUUGUUAGAGAGAAAUGUGAUAUGAUCAAACUUAACUACAGGAAAAAGAGCGAUUCUAAUAGUGGAGGCGAAUCAGAUGAUGAUGUUGAAGUUAUAGAGGACGAUCAAAAGGUAUCUGAUGAUCAUCAGAAUGUCGUUACCAACACACUUUCAGGAAGCGUCGGAAGUGAGACUAGAUCAUCAAGCAAAAGGAAAACAAACUAUAGUGCCGAAAAUGCCGCACGUAAAAUUAUCAGUACCAUCCCGCUAGAUCCACAACCCAUUUCAAUUGCAGAAACUCCGAAUGAUAGUACCAGUAACAGUAAAGGUGGUUCCCCCUUUGCUUCUUAUAAAUCACCGAACACAUAUUCUGAUGCGUCUAAAAAAAUCAUUACUCCACAAAGUUUAGCACUUAAUUCAGCAUCAAAUUAUCACAGUUCUCCAGAUCACAGAUCCAACCAAAAUUCCAAACGUACCCCCAAUGAUACGAAGUCCGUUUCUUCUACUCCAUUAGAAACUGGCGCUGCAGCGGUUCUCGCACGACCUGCUGAAUCUCAGAAUGCUAAUACAGAACCCGUGAAGAGUGAUUCCACAGUGGGUUUAACAAAUAGUAACGUGGAUGCAUUAGGACCAACACCAACAACAAACACCGGAUUUUUCAUUGACAACUGGGACCUUAAUGCUGACUUCGAUUCCGACAUGCUUUUCAAAGAUAUUGCAUCGGUUAUGGAUGAAUUUGGUUUUCAUGCCGGUUGA